ACCCACAUGGCCUCCGGAGUGGGCGCGGCCUUCGAGGAGCUGCCUCACGACGGCACGUGUGACGAGUGCGAGCCCGACGAGGCUCCGGGCGCCGAGGAAGUGUGCCGAGAAUGCGGCUUCUGCUACUGUCGCCGCCACGCCGAGGCGCACAAGGAGAAGUUCCUCAGUCACCACCUGGCAGAGUACAUCCAUGGCGCCCAGGCCUGGACCUCGCGAGCCGGCGGGGAGGGGGCCGGGAAGGAAGAGGUCGGGGCCAAGGUGGAGCAGGACGGGGAGGUAGAAAGCGAGGCGGGGGAAGAGAGCGAGUCGGAGGAGGACAGUGAGUCGGAGGAAGAGAGCGAGACGGAGGAAGAGAGCGAGGACGAGAGCGACGAAGAGAGUGACGAGGACAGUGAGGAAGAAAUGGAGGAUGAGCAAGAGAGCGAGGCGGAGGAAGACAACCAAGAAGGAGAGUCGGAGGCAGAAGGGGAAACCGAGGCAGAAAGCGAAUUCGACCCAGAAAUAGAAAUGGAAGCCGAGAGAGUGGCCAAGAGGAAGUGUCCAGACCAUGGGCUGGAUUUGAGCACCUAUUGCCAGGAAGAUAGGCAGCUCAUCUGUGUCCUGUGUCCAGUCAUUGGGGCUCACCAGGGCCACCAGCUCUCCACUCUAGAUGAAGCCUUCGAAGAAUUGAGAAGCAAAGACUCAGGAGGACUGAAGGCAGCCAUGAUAGAAUUGGUGGAAAGGUUAAAGUUCAAGAGCUCAGAUCCUAAAGUAACUCGGGACCAGAUGAAGGUGUUUAUACAACAAGAAUUUAAGAAAGUUCAGAAAGUGAUUGCUGAUGAGGAACAGAAGGCUCUUCAUCUAGUGGAUAUCCAGGAGGCAAUGGCCACAGCUCAUGUAACUGAGAUACUGGCAGACAUUCAGUCCCAUAUGGAUAGGCUGAUGACUCAAAUGGCCCAGGCCAAGGAACAACUUGAUACCUCUAAUGAAUCAGCUGAGCCAAAGGCAGAGGGUGACGAGGAAGGACCCAGUGGUGCCAGUGAAGAAGAGGACACAUGAAGGCUUGCCAUCAGAGUGGAAAACCACCCCUUCCCUUGUAUGUGUGUGACAGCGUGUGUGUAAUGGCUUCUGAUUUCUGUGAAGGCUGCCCAGCAACAAAUGUACUUCCACUGGAUAUGUCCCCAGAUCCAUAGCAGGCAUAUAUCUCUCCAAGGAAUGACCAGUUUUAUGCUUACCACUUACUUCUCAUUCUUGUUGCAGUAGGUCAAGGAAAGAGCCCUUUUGAUCAACCAGGAGCAAUUGAAAAGGGUCUUUCAGGGAACUCCUUAAUGGCUGCUUUGAACUGACUCAGGAAAGCUAGCCCCUAUAAUAUUGGGUAAGUCAACAGUAUACUUCAUUAGGAAGGACCUGGACUAAUCAUGAAAGGAAGUCAGAGCUUUUUGCCUACCUGCAAACAAAAAACCUACUUUGUUCAUACUGAAGCAUGAAACACAUGAGGACAAAGUGGGGCCUUAUUGACUCAUGUCCACAGUCUCUAAAUAGUCCAGUUCUACCUUUGUGAAAUGUGGUGCCGUGAAUUAGGAUGGAUGGCCUGAAAAUGAGGUUGGAGAAAAAGUUAAAAGCUAGAAAGACCACAGAUAUUUUUAGCAUAUGAGGUUAUCCAGGACUUCAGAUUCAUAAUUCAGUGCUAUGGAAAUGAAAAAGAUGAUUGAAGAGGUGGAAAGGAAAUGACCUGGGGGUGGGACACAGAAAAGAGGACCAAAGAAAUCUGAUUAAAAUUUGAAAUCAAUAUUUCUGAAUUUAACUUGCCUGAGUUUCCAAAAUAGUCACUAAAGACUCUGAUAAAACCUGGAUUGUUUAGAUGAGUUCUGCAGGUUUUAUGGGCUUAUCACAACAUGAAAGUUUGGAAAUGUGUAUUGCCAAAUGGGAACUUUCAUUGUAGAUUUUUGCCAUUCCCUCUGCCAGGUUAGCUUAAUAUGGCUUAAUUGCAGUAUGGGGAGAAUUCUUGCUACUCUAUAGCUUGCUGAAUUCAGUUCCAUCUCCCAGCAAAUAUUCCUUUAUUUUACAUUAAUUGGAAUCCUUCCCUUGGCCCUCCCUACCCACAGACCUUCAGGUCAUCUCUUGCACCCUGGCUCUCUCCUCUUCAGUAACAUGAGCAGAGAUACCCUGGAGCUUAGAUUUCCUGGCCUUUCUCCAUUUCUAAAUCACAAUUUCUUAUAGCAUUAUACCCCCUGGGAAGCAGUGAUGUGCUAGUGAAAUAUAAAAUUGUAAGCUCAAAAGCACGCUUUCUUCCUGAGAUGUCAGUUUUCCUUAACAAAUGGUUUGAAGUCAGGGGAUAACCUUAUUUUUAUAUAAAACAAAAACAGUUAUAUUAUGGAAUAGAAUGUUCAUACACAUAAACUGUUAAGAUAAAACGGGAGACUUGGAAGGUAAUUCUUGUUUGCAAAUGGGCUAUGUGUUCCCUCCCUCUGCCUUUAGUGGUGUUUCCAUGCUCACUUCUGAGGAACACAAUUGGAACUAUAUCCAAGCCCCUUGGGAUUGCUCUUGCCCAAGGUCCUAAACUUCUAAUAUCCCUGAGGCAGAGCCAAGGAGCCUGCGUUUAGGGAAAGCCCUUUAUUCCUGCCUGUCUGCUUGCCUGCUUGUGACCUGUGUGAUAGCUUUGGGGGCCAGCUGCUGAGUGUGUGUGCAGGAUGGUUUUGAGGCAGAAACACAACUUGCUUAUCGUAGGAGUCCUGUUUAUAUCAUUUGUAUUUAUGUCAUUGUUCAACACUGUGCAUGUGAUGAAAUGACUUAAUUUCUUUGAGACCAGGAAGCUAUAAGCAUAUAUGCUGCUAGUUACAGUUAUCCUAGCUCACUGCAUAUGCAAGGAGACUGGGAGGAGUUUGAGCUGUUUUUCACCAAAAAAAAAAAAAAAAAAUGCUCAAAAAAAAA